GUCCAUAUGGUUCUCUACUGAAUUUUGGCAUAUGGACUUGAUGCGGUUUUGUAGUGUCUUCCGUCUUUUCUGUGGAAAAUGCAACCAGCUAAGUUGACCCUUACAACAGGUCAACUUACCAGUUGUAAGGUGGUCCAAUUUACUGAACUUUUUUUUAACUGAUGGAAACUGACCUGUGUGGCCACCAUGGUGGGGAAAGGUAAAAUAUGUAGGCAAGAAUGCAACAAACUAAAGUAAUGCAUUUUCACAAUGUGAUUUCACAAUAAUUAUCACUUUAUACUUGCGUUAGUUGUGAAAUUAUUUGUUUACAAGAACAAACUUAACAGCUAAAAGUCAACACUUUCAGUAACGGCCCUAAACUCCAGAAAGCAACAGCAUAAACAGAAUUGUGCCUCUGAAUCUAACGGCCAGCCUUGCUAUAUGUUCACCCUCUCUGAGUUUGACCGUGUGUGUAACUUACUUCACACCCCUUGCAAACAGCUGGUAAACUAAGUCAGUGGGAGGUAAGGGGAGCUUGACUGCGAAGAUAUCCCCAUUCCUGCUGACUUGCAGGAUAGAUGCUGACCUACAGACGACUCCUGCCAAACUCCGCCUGUAAGAACAUCUUUCCCUGAGUUAUUCAAGACCAGGAGCCAGUAUAUCUCUGUGGCAUCUCCUGGACCUGGCCUGCUUGGAGUGAAAACGCAGUAUGUCUGAAAGAACAGCUGCUGUGAAAAGGAGCAGAAGAAAACGUCAAGUGAGACUUUGUGUAACUCGUAGUCCGUCUGAUGGAAGCACUGUAAGUAACCCUGACAAUGUGAAGAUGUACUCUUCACUUCACGGUGUGUGUGCUGGUGAAGAUUUGCUUGCUGACAGCAAAGACAAUGGAGUUCUUUAUCUAAAUCCUCAAACACCAAACUGGAGUCUUGUAGAGAGGUUUGCUGAACUUUCACCAGCAGAAGAGGUAAAGAUGCCUGUGAAGCAAGUCCACAGGGGGGCCAUGGCACCACGUUCCAAACACGCUGAGACCAAAAACAAACAUAAUGGAUUGGUAGAUGCUUUAAAGGAGAAGGAAAUAAACUCUGUCCAACACUUAACAAAACAAAACAAGGACUCAGACCAACUGAGGACAGCUAAUCUGAAAGAGCCAGAUGCUGAGGAAUACUCUCCUAGUGAGGAUGGAAAAGGGACCAAAAAGAGACUCAGAAAAAACCCUUCGGCAAAUAAGUCACCUAAAAAAUGUAAAGACGAUAAAGCUCCACGACUUUUGGCUGUAAUGAAAAGACGAAGUGCAGUGGACACUGAGGACCGACCUUUCAAAUGCACACACUGCCACUGGGCUUUCAAGAAACUCUGCAACCUCCAGAGCCACUUGCAAACACACUCUGGCCUCAAGCCACAUGUGUGUGACAUAUGUGGCAAGGCUUACUCACAUCAGGGCACUCUGCAGCAGCACAAGCGUCUGCACACUGGGGAAAGGCCGUAUCUCUGUCCCUUCUGUGACAAAACAUACAUCUGGUCCUCAGAUUACCGCAAGCACAUCCGCACACACACCGGCGAGAAGCCCUACAUCUGUGAAACAUGCGGCAAGGAUUUUAUCCGCUCCUCCGACCUGAGGAAGCAUGAGCGGAACAUGCACACCAACAACAAGCCUUUCCCAUGUACGCACUGUGGCAAGACCUUCAACAAACCUCUCUCCCUGAAGCGCCACGAGCGCAAGCACCUUGGAGAAAGGCCCUUCUCCUGUCCGGACUGUGGCAAAGCAUUCACUCUGGCCAGCCGCAUGGCCGAGCACCAGAAGGUCCACAUGGGAGUGCGGCCGUUUGUUUGCUCCGUGUGCUCCAAGUGCUUCACAAAAUCCUCCAAUCUAACGGAGCACAAAGCCAUUCACAGUGGAGUGCGGCCUCACAAGUGUGGAGAGUGUGGCGUGGCGUUCGCCAUGGUUUCCCGCCUGGUUCGUCACCAGUUCAUUCACAACAACCAGAAGCCGUACAGCUGCACGGGCUGUGGCAAGAACUUCAGCCACCUCACGCAGUUGAAGCUCCACCAGGAGCAAACUUGCGCCGGCAGGAUCUUUGUCUGUGUAGAGUGUGACAAAUCUUUCCAGUGUGCCACAAAGCUCUCACAGCAUGUGGCGGAGCACAAGGAGAAAACAAUGUGACCCCAAUAAACAGGGCAUGUUGUUUAACCCAUAUGCCAGAAAUCUUCAUUCAGUACAGAAGAGCAUCGUAAGAUUAAAUGUAUUUAAUAAUUUAGUGAAAUGUAGAUAACGGUCCUGCAUGAGGGUAGGUUGCACAGAAUGAUGUCUGACAGAGCCAUGAAACUUUCAGGUUUCCUCUGUUUUUACUUUUGUUUUCCAAAAUCAGAUCAGGAAAUAUAGAAAGCAUUUCUCAAAUAAUAAUUCCAUUUAUAAAUGGGAGAAAUGGCCAAGGCCACCUGGCCCUAUAAGAAAAUGUAAUGAGCCCGAAAUCUAAAUCUGGCAAUGAGUUUUAAAAUUGCUGUGGUGGAAUUUUGGCGCAACUUUCUUUUCGAAAUUGUUUUUGUUGGUGUACUUUGGAUCAUUGUACAAGUGUGCUUGAACUUAAGAUCAAGCAUACUUGCUGGAUGUUCUCUUACAGUAUUUUUAGGUUGAGGGUCUUAUUCCAGGUUCAGUCAAAUAGAGCAUGUUGUCCAGGACCUGAAGCAGCAAAGCAGAACUUUAUACAUUCCAAAAAGUUCCACUUUUGCCUUUUACAGCUCAUACAAUAUUUUAUUAAAAGUCUUGGGGCUUAUGAAAAUGUCUUAUGGUAAAUGUCAGGCCCAUGUUUUGUUUAGGUCAGCCAUGGUGUUAAUCCUGAAACUCUUCUAUGGUUGCCAGACAAGUGAGGCCAGCAAUAUUUUAAUGUUGUUCUGUUUUGAUUUUUUUGUGACCCUUGGAUGAUUUACAGAAACUUGUUAGAGUAAUCGUGGAAGGCCAGCCACUCCUGCGCUGGGUUGUGUAACUCCUUCUACAAUCAUAAAUGCUACUGACUUUGUUUCUCUUAACCAAAAACAAUUCAAUAGACUUGGUAGAAUUAGCAGCAAAGGAAGACUCUGUUGAGCUUGACAUACUUUUUGAUAUCUUUGAUUUGUUUUCUCGUUGUCAGACAGAUUAUACUUAAGAGAUUUCUAGAUUCUUCAAGUCUGGCAGAAAUAAAGAUAGAGGAAUUGAAAUAAAUUAAAUCACCAUUUAACAAAGAAUAUAACCUUUUCACACUGGGUCAGGUGGAUUUGGGUUACUCUUCCCCCUAAUAAUUGAAAUCAUUUGAAAACUGCUUUUUGUAUUUACUAUUGUAUUACAUUUUUUAUUUUUUUUUGAUGAUCUGAAACAUUGAAGUUGGACAAAAAUAGAGAGUACUUUGAAAGAAGGUAAGGACAAAUACUUUUUCACAGUACUGCAUGUAAUUAGAUUACAUUUAUAAUUACAAAUAGAUAAAAAUUAAAACCUUACACACUCCUACCCUGGUGGGGGUGGGUUCGCAUCAGGGCUAAAAAUUUCCACCAACCCAGCUCUGAUAUUGGAGCUGGCAGUGAUGUGAAACCGCUUACGGUGUUAGGCUGUUAUUAAUGUGAGAACCCACGUGUAACUGAUAAUACGCACAACUUUUUCUCUUUGCAUAUUGGCUCACAAAUAAAGUAGCGCCAACUGACAAAGACUUGGCUUUGAAUAAUUUGUUCUGACUUGAGUGUGGCGUCAUUUCUCUCUCUUAUAUCUAAACAUACACAGAAAUCAAACUGUCCUUUUCUGAACAGCAUAACUCAUCUAAACAAAACUCAGACAUAUAGCAGCUGUUGUAAGGUGCGGGACAUUCUUCAAACUCUAGGGUAAAAAAAAAACAUUUUGUUUUUUUAACCAGAAAGCUACUCACACUAACUGGGAAGUGUGGGGUGUGCAGUGAUUGGACUGUUCCUGCUGGUAGAGUAAUGCAACUUACCAAAAACUCUAUGUCAGCAACUUUUUCAUAAGCCGAGACCUUACAUAGUGUUAGCUGUAGCUGUUUCUUUUCCACCAUUAGCGUAUUUAUCAGCACAUUCACGAUGUUGAUUGUCAGCGCUAAGACCCUCCUCCUGGCUCUGAUUGGUUGUUUUCGGUCGGGAGCGGUGCAUUUCUUUAGUCGAAGAUGGGAAUUCUCAAAGACAACCGUUAGUCAUGUUUGGAACGGGAGGUGGGGGAGUUGGGUUGUCACGUGAAGUGUUGAUUAGGUUUUGCAAAAUGUUGUGUCAAUGUUACCUUUAUCUGUCGCUUACAAGGCCAUUCAUUUUACAAGCAGAAGUAAAAAUAUAAUUUAUUCUAUUUUGUCUAAAUCUCAGUGUUAUAAUUCAGCCAUGCUGUUUCAAAUGCAGCGCAUUAAAAAUAUACUGUUCACACUUUGUCAUCUGGUAAAUUUUGCCUUCUAUCAUUUUGUGUCUUCAUUUUACUUAAGCAAUCAGAAUGUAAUAAAAAAAAAAUCAAAGAAGAGUUUGUGAUGUUCCUGAAACUAAACCCGAUUUGCUAUUUAUUUACAGAACUUUAUUAAUUAUGUUAGGGAAAAUGCAUUAAUCCUUAGUGGCCUAAUUAUAAUUCUUUGACACUCCACAGGCUGCUUGAAAAGCUAUUCCAUAAAUCCAUUCCAUGUUCUAAGUUGCUUACGCUGUGACACAUUACAGGCAGAUGGUGACAUUUCUGCUGUGUGUGUGUGUUGCAUUCCCUGACCAAUCACACAUGGCUUCUGCAGACGAACAGGAAAAAGGAGCCGGCACCUGCCGUGUUGUCACCAGGCCUGUGCAAAGUGAGAGGCCCGCUUGGCAUUAUUGUUAUUUCUGAGCUCAGACCCGUCUGUUAUUUAUUCACCAUGGCUGUGUGACAGGAAAUAGAACAUGCAGGCUGAGAAUUUGUUAAUGUUUUAAUGUUUUAGUGUCAUUGAAAGAGAAACAGACAAUUGUCAUGUAACUGAAAUGUAGAAGGCACUUUAAAAAACAAAACCUCACUGCUUAACUUAAAACAUCUUAAAUAUAUACAGACGUGUUUACAAUAUGACAAAGAAACAAAACAGGUGAUCCUCAAAGUAAAUGUACUUCUACAACUAAGAUAAACCUUCCUCACAUGAACAUUUCAUAAACAGUUCGGC